AAUAGGCCAAAGUUGUAGCGGCUUUACGGUCAUGUAAGGUCUGUCGAAGUAAAGAAAAACAAACGUAACAUGCCUUCCUACAAAUCGCAUGCAUUAUGAACUGGGCACAUUUUGCAACACUUUGCCGUGACCAUGCGCCACUGUGCUGUGGGAGCUGGAUAACCCGGCACUUAGAUCAACGGCACCGAUAGAAACGUUUCACCUGCACGCUUGUACAACGUGAGCAUCGGAGGCGCGCAAAAAAGGGAACGGCCACGAAACUCGGAUCGCGGAAGAUCUGGAGAUACGGCAAUAGCAUCCUACAACAAGAACAUCGGAGGAAGGGGGGCGCGUCUCUUAGGCGGGAUCGGCGGAUGUGAAAGUGCUCCGGCGCUUCUCUUGUAACUUUCACUUGCUUGGUGUGCGUGUUGUACCAGAAAGAUUCCAACGCUCAGUCUUCUGAUGUGCACCGUCCGGCGCCUUCCAAGUAUUUGGGUAUCAGUGGCCGAAGCGUCAUAGCGACAAGUAUGGUGUGCACAGCUGCAUCAUGCCAUCCAAGAAGCAGUAUAAUUUAGUAAGCGACGAUGCGUACGAUAGCAGAAUUCCCCUGCACAGUGAAGAAGCUUUUCAACAUGGAAUAUCGUUUAACGCCAAGUACAUUGGCACUAUGGAUGUUCCUCGACCCAGCAGCCGAGUCGAAAUCGUCGCAGCGAUGCGCAGAAUUCGGUAUGAAUUCAAAGCAGAGUCAGUCAAGAAAAAGAAGGUGACAAUUACCAUUUCGGUUGAUGGAGUGAAAAUCAUCUUGCGCAAGAAACAUAAAAACCAGUGGGCAUGGGACGACAACAGGUACCUCGUAAUGAAUCAUCCAAUCUAUAGAAUAUUCUAUGUUUCUCAUGAUUCUCAAGACCUGAAGAUCUUCAGCUACAUUGCACGAGAUGGUGGCAGCAAUGGGUUUAAGUGCAAUGUGUUCAAGUCCAAAAAAAAGAGCCAGGCCAUGCGGGUGGUGCGCACCAUUGGGCAAGCCUUUGAGGUGUGCCAUAAGCUGAGCCUGGCCAAUGCCACCUCCAACUUGGUAGCCAGUGACAGUCUCCCGUCAGCCACUCGGCACAGCAGCAGUGACAACUCUAUUUCCAGAGAAAAGGACCAGAGUGAAAAGUUUGACAGAGACAGCACGUGCGACGACACCAAGCCACUAGCACCACUAUCAGGAUCCAGCCCUGUUGAAACAUCACACCAAGAUUCUCACUGCAGUUCAAAGGCCUCAUCCUCAUCCCCAGCAACAGGGAGCUCACAGCAGACACUCCUGCAGCAGCAACAGCAGCAACAACAGCAACAGCAGCAACAGCAUCAACAGCAGCAGCAGCAGCAGCUGUCACAAUCAUCAAAGCCAGCUGUGAACCAGAUUGCUUGCACUCAGCCAGUGGUCACUGCUGCGAGUGAUGCCGGAGUGUCCCCACCAUCAGCUGCCAUGCCCCUGGUGCCAGAAGGGACAUCACUGUCCCUGUACCACCAGCUGCAGCUGAUGCGGGGUCAGAUGGAGCAUCAGGCCCAGCAGGCCCAGUCAGCCAUCAGCCAGGCCCGCCAUUUACGUGAUCAGCUCUCAGCAGAGGCAACAGCCCGUUCUGAGGCCAUGUCACAGAACCAGCAGCUAAUAGUGCACAACCGGGAGCUGCUGCAGCACAUCCAUUUGCUGGUGAAACACAUCCAGGAGCUGGAAAAGAAGAUAAACCGACUUGAAGGCAAAACUGACCAUCUGCAACCUGACCUGUCCCCAUCCCCACUUCAGAUUGGUCCGCCACCACGGUUCUUGGACCUGCUCUCUGGGGCACCAGCUGCAGGGAAGACGCCCUCUCCAGUGCCCCCUGGUGGGGAACCCUUUGAAUUGGGAAGCCUAGCUUGGCUGUCAGGGCCAUCAGCAGCAGCAGCAGCAGCUAGCAGCAGCCCCCCGCCAGCCACUCCCCCACACCACCAUUUGACUGCUGCCUCCACAGCCAACUCGUCCCCUGCAGUCACUACUAGCAACCUCCAGUUGCGGCUAGACGAUCUGAGCUUCUCGGGCGCCAUGAAAGGAGGCCCGAGUGAGGAGGGGCAAGGGGGUGGCCGUUCACCAGCAGCCCGUGCAGCCAUGGGUCCUGGAAGCCUGCCGGAGCUGCCUGUGUUCGCAGACGGGGGUAGCAGCACAUCAUCCGCAUCACCACCACCCUGGUCGGCUGGACCUGUGCCACCAUUCUCUGGGGGCAGCGGAGGCUUGUUUCUGCGACAAUUCAGUGCCCCUCUGCCAAGCUCUCAGUCAUCUUUGAGUCGGCUUCCUGACAUCAGCCGGCUCACCAUUGAUGAAGGCGAGCCUGGCCUGCAGAAUUUUCUAGGAACUGGUGCCAUAGGCAAAAGCUGAGGGGUCAUACUUUACCUCUGCGCCCAUGACAGUUACCCUCCUCUUGCACCCAACCUUCCUUCCAAUAGAUCCUGCACAGCAUCUGUGCAUUCAAUGUUGCUGCUGCUGGACACAUUUCUCUUCUCCUGCCUCAAGAAGCUUUAAGUCUGCAGUCUUCAUUUUCCUGACCUUGAAUUUGGCUUUUUCUCGGGAGAUGAAGUUUGACAGUUUUUUGCUUUUCUCUAAUGGCAAUAGUUCACACACACCUUAGCUUGCGGUCAGACUGAUUCCUCUCACCCUGCUGGCCUUCCAAGCACACAUGACACUUUCAUAUUUAUAUAAAGUCUCACACACACUUAAAAUGGCAUGCAUAUGCAAGUUAGGGGCUUCUUACUGCUUUUGUGACUAUACUGCCUACUAAUUUGAUGAUGGACCUGACGUUCACUCUCUCUAUCCCGUCCUCUUUUUGGUUUCUCCUUCUCUUUAUCUUUAACCUGUUGAAUCGCAUGAUGUGGCACCUGUAGAAGUCCUAUUCAAGAGUGAUAUUCAGUGUGAUCAGAGUCCCAUCGCUGGCAUUUCAGUGCUGAUAGUUCGUCUUGUAACCACAGCAUCACUUGAAAAUAUACUUCACCUGUUCUUGUUCUCGCAA